AACUGUAUGCAUUAAAAAAAAAAAAUAGCAAAUCGUGUCUUGUAUGACAGUCUGAGCAGAGGCUGCACAACAGAUGAUUGACGGCGGGGUUUUUGGUGUUUCUGUCUGCGGUCGGGUCUCUCAUUGGCUGACUUCAUCCCCAACCAUGAAUGCGGACAUUAGAUUGGCUGCGCGUCCUCGCCAGCUGUACUUCAAAGAACACGCUCUCUACAACUAGGUAGUGUUGGGAGCUGCGAGCCAAGAAAGAAACCGUGUGACCCGAGUCAAACACGGGGAGCCCGAUUCAAAUUGGAGCCGUACAGCAUUGAUAUCGCGAACACUCUCAUCACAGCACAUACCCUGGAUAUGGCUACGUCUAUACUUGGGGAAGAACCACGGUUUGGAACUACACCUCUAGCUAUGCUGGCUGCAACUUGCAACAAAAUUGGUAACACCAGUCCUCUUACAACUUUACCUGACUCGAGCGCUUUCUCAAAAGGUGGAUUUCAUCCGUGGAAAAGAUCCUCCUCCAGCUGUAACUUAGGGUCCAGUCUGCCCGGUUUCACAGUAGCAACAAGCCGCGCAUCGACAGGACUAACACCGACCAGUGGCACGGGCAACAGCGCCUUUUGCUUAGCCUCCACCUCCCCGACCUCGUCUGCAUUUUCCACAGAGUACAGCGGUCUGUUUUCCAACUCCGCCAGCGUCACAUCCCAAGAGUCUGGACAGUCAGCUUUUAUCUCCAAAGUCCACACAUCAGCAGAGACUCUAUACCCGCGUGUGGGGAUGGCGCAUCCGUACGAGUCUUGGUACAAGUCCGGUUUCCACUCGACCAUCUCUGGCGAUGUUACCAACGGUGCGUCCUCGUGGUGGGAUGUCCACACUAACCCCGGGUCGUGGCUCGAUGUCCAGAAUCCUGCAAGCACCCUCCAAACCUCACUGCACUCCGGGACGCCUCAAGCCAUCCACUCCCAGCUGAGUGGCUACAACCCGGACUUCUCCUCGCUGACGCACUCGGCGUUUAGCUCCACUGGAAUCAGCCCCUCCGCGUCUCAUCUACUGUCCACCAGUCAGCACCUGUUAACACAGGACGGUUUCAAAACAGUCAUCCCCACAUACACAGACGCUUCUGCCGCCAACGCCAUGAUUUCUGGGGGCAGUUCAGGAAUAAGUAGCUCCUCGAGGUCGUCCAGGCGUUACUCCGGCAGAGCAACAUGUGACUGUCCAAACUGCCAGGAGGCUGAGCGGCUUGGACCCGCCGGGGCCAGCCUGCGGAGAAAGGGACUCCACAGCUGCCACAUUCCGGGCUGCGGUAAAGUGUAUGGAAAGACAUCUCACCUCAAAGCGCAUUUGAGAUGGCACACCGGCGAGCGGCCUUUUGUCUGCAACUGGCUUUUCUGUGGCAAAAGGUUCACUCGGUCCGAUGAGCUCCAGAGACACCUCCGCACCCACACCGGCGAGAAAAGGUUUGCUUGCCCGGUAUGUAACAAGCGAUUUAUGAGGAGUGACCAUUUGAGCAAGCACAUCAAAACGCACACUGCCGGUGGAGGAGGCAAAAAGGGGAGCGACAGUGACACCGACACCAGUAACCUGGAGACACCGAGAUCCGAGUCCCCAGAACUUAUUUUGGAGGGGGUAAACCCAAGAAUCGCUAUUAAGGAUCCGUCUCCUCAGGAUGAGCCCUAAUGAAGCUUCACCCCCUCCAAAAAAACAUAAAAUAAAAUAAAGCUAAAAAAAAAAUCAAACCAGAUUCAAAAACUGCACAGCGUUGAAAACGGGUCUCAUUUGACAGACAUUAAAAAAAAGGAGAAAAUAUUUCAAGAAGCGAUUGCAAAAAGUCUAAAUAUAUAUUCUCCACAGCAGGCGUAGCGAGUAUUUCAUUCGUAAAAAAUCCAUCUAAAGAAACACGCAGAGUGAUUUACUGUAAAAGGCCUUUUGGGAAUUUUUAGGGUCCACUUGAAAAAUGAAAUGGAUUGUUUGCUUAAAAAAAAAAGGGGUGCCCGAAAACCUGUUGAACUUUGGUUGGACAAUGUGAGUUACAUCUUGUAUAUUGACGACUAAAAACUAUGUGUUCUUUUCAUGUAAAUGUUUAGGCUAUGAUUGUUUUAUUCGUGUUGGUAUCCUGGAAAUCAGGGAGUUUACUUUGGACGCACUUUGUGGAUAAUGUAUGUACACACACAGCUUUUUUUCAGCUUUUGGUUUAAGCAUUUUAUUUCUUUGCUAAAAAAAAAAAAUAUCUAUAUAUAAAUGUUUACCUGUAUAAAGUCACACGUAUAAGACUUUCAUUUUAUCGUAAUUAAAACAUCUUUAAAAAAGGCUGUAAUUGUGUGAUGUAGAUUUUAUAUUUGUUUAUUUGUACUAAAUCUGGAAAAAAAUAGUUUGAUUUAAUUUAGGAUUUUUAUUUUAAAGCGUCAGGUUUUUUUCUUAAAUCCACCUAUAAUACCUUGACUCUGACUCUGUUUCCCCUAUGGAAUAAAUCAAUGCUUAAUGCCCCGGAAAAAAACAUUUCAUGCCCAAAUGAAAAUCUUGUUAAAUGGUAUUAAUUAUGACUUGGAGCACAUCGCAGCCCCCAUGUGUCUUGUAUUUGCGAUUAGGGAUUCGUGUCUUAUCAAAUAUCUAAUUAAUCUCCGAGACAUCUUUUGUUCAGUUUUACUUUAUCGGGGGGUUUCCAAAGGGGUUUGAUGACAAAAGGUCCCUGAAUAUUUAUUCUAAUUGUCCAAAUUAACUGCUUUCAUUUGCAUACCAAUCGAUGAACCGAGAAUAAGGAUAUGCCUUCCCUCUCUCUCUCUCUCUCGCUUUGCUUGAAACCACGUAGAUAUUAUGGGAACAGUUUUUUAAACUUUAGGAAAAAAGAAAAAGAAAAGAAGGGGCAAAGAGUCACAUGCAAAUGUUGAAUUUAAAAUGCUCUUUGCCCGGUGCAGUCAAAUGGUGUCUGCAUGUUAUUUGAAUAUCAGUGGGCCCCCUGUAUUGAAAGGGUUCAAGGAUGCUCUCUGACUUCUUUGUGCUUACCCAGUGCAGCGUCCGACUCUCAAAGAAAAAAAAAAAGAGCCGGGGAAUAAUUACAGCGUGAGUCCAGGACUGGGAAUACGUCAGGGAAAAGCAUCUUAUCCAGACACCCUCUUUUUUUUUUUUUUUUUUUUUUUGUGAAGAGGAUGUUAAAUUGACCAGAAGGCAAUAGAGGGAAAUUAUUUUCAUUUCCUUUUGUGCAACAGCGGCUUCAAGGAAACGGGCCAGAUAGUGAAAACUACCAAAUUACAUCGCCAAUUUGAAUUUCAUCUAAAUAUAAAACUGGAAGCAACACUUAAAUAAAAAGGUUGAAAUUUAAAGCGUGUAUGCAACAUAUUUAACAGUUGAAGCAAACUGUUGAGAUCAUUUUUUUAAAAUUAGAUCAAAUUGUUUUUAAGAGUUUAUAUUUUGCAGACUAAAAGUAGCAAAUAAAAUAUAUAAUGUCAGACCUGAAACAGAAUGUCAGUAACAUGAAGAAAAAAUGUCUAAUGUUUUAAUUUAUAAUUGUUUUAAUUCUAGACGAUUUUCCAAUUUUAAAAUAUUCCAUCUGCAUCAAUUAAAAUCAAACAGUGCAGCGUUAGUUCAUGUGCGCAGCCACAGUUUGCUUUGUUGUGUUUAUUUACGAGCUGCAGAUUUAAAAUUCAGAAAUCAUAUUAUUUGUUUUGUUUGUUCGUAUCUCACAGCUUCAUGGAUGACGCACAUCGUGUCAUGUCUUUCAGGGAAAUAGAAAAAUUCAGAAAAACCUUUAAAGAUUUUUUUUUUAGCAUGAGCAAAACUGGAAACAUUUGCUGUCAUGUGUUCUGAGAUUACAGAUAAUUUAGUGGGAAUAUGACAUCUCACAUUUCCAUCAGAUUCCGGACACACACACAUUCAUUCAUUUCAUCCAUCGCAAAAAAACGCAGUAAAUUUGAGAUGAUUAAAAAAAUUUUAAUCAGAAAAUAAAAAGUCCAGAUUUUUUUUUCUUCAGGAUUCAAACAGCCGUCUUUAAAGUAUUACAGCGAAUGUGGAUAUUUCCGAAAAGAGAGACAAUCCUAAUGUGAAGGAAGACAAUAA